AUCUGUCAAUACAUCCACUCCGCCCAACAUGACCGAGUCAACGCAGCCUUUGGGCAAAAUCUUCGAAUCAUACCCCUUCAUCGCGCCGGAGAAGUAUACGGGCACCUUGAAAGGGAAAGUGGUCAUUGUGACGGGAGCAUCAGCAGGAAUAGGCAAGGCGAUUGCUACAGCAUUUGCCAGAGCAGGUGCUUCUGUCGCUGCGGUGGCUCGUCGAGAGGACAAUCUCAAUACGCUCGUCAAAGAAACUACAGCCGAUGGUGGUCAUGCUAUUGCCGUCGUUGGAGACGUCUCCAAACGAGGAGGGCCAAAGGAAAUCGUGGCCAAAGUCGAAGCAACACUCGGACCCAUCGACAUCCUCGUCAACAACGCCGGCAUUGCGCGGCUUGGACCGUUGGAAAUGGAAGAUGAAGAUCUCGACAUUUGGUGGCGAGUGCAUGAGGUCAACGUGCGCGCGCCCGUCACUCUGAUCCGUGCCGUCCUGCCGGGGAUGAUGGAGCGGAAGAGUGGCAUUGUGAUGACCGUCAGUUCGAACGUGGCCACACUAGACCUACCGACCAUGUCCGCAUACAACUCCUCCAAGGCUGCCGUGUCGAAAUUCCACGAGGCCAUCACUCAUGAGCUCGAGGGGUCGGGCAUUACUUCUUUUGCCGUUCAUCCCGGCCAGAUCCCGUCGGAAUUGGGUCAGGCAGACGGCGCAAUCAACACUGCAUCCUUGAAUCACUUUGCCGUGAAGCGUUUCAUGGCUGGAAUCCAGGACGGUGGUCCCCGGCAAACACCAGAGUCUGCGGCAGACACCAUGGUGGCUUUGGCAGCGGAUCCCAGGUCCAAGGUCUUGCAUGGCCAUCACGUCAAUGCAGAUCAAGAUUUGGAGGCGGUGCUGAAAGAGGCGGAGAAGGAGGGCAAGGGUCGGAUUGGCAAGGAGCAGCUGUAUAAAGUGAGGAUUGGACAGCUGUAGAACUUCCGGCUCGCCCUCCGAAAGCGGGGCAUCAAGUGACGUCCCAAAUCCAACGCUCCUUCCUCCAUUCCACUUUCCUUUC